AUGGCUAUCUUGAACCACACCAGCUUCACCCACACCGUCUUCCGCUUGCUGGGAAUCCCCGGGCUUGAGGAUCAGCACAAGUGGAUUUCCAUCCCCUUCUUCAUUUCCUAUGUUAUCUCUGUGCUUGGGAAUAGCCUCCUCAUCGUCAUUAUCCUCACAAAGCGCAGCCUCCAUGAGCCCAUGUACCUCUUCCUCUGCAUGCUGUCUGGAACUGAUGUAGUCCUCUCAACUUGCAUUGUACCCCAGGCCUUGGCCAUCUUCUGGUUCAAUGCUGGGGAGCUCUCCUUUGAUCGUUGCAUUUCUCAGGUAUUCUUCCUCUCUUCCACUUUUGUCUAUGAGUCGGGAAUUUUGCUGGUGAUGGCUUUUGACCGCUACAUUGCCAUCUGCUACCCACUGAGAUACACCACUAUUCUUACACAUGCACUUAUUGGGAAAAUUGGUGUGGUCAUCUUUCUGAGAAGUUACGGUACAAUUUUCCCCAUAAUAUUUCUUCUGAGAAGACUGAAUUUCUGCAAAAGUAAUAUUCUCCCAAACACUGCUUGUAAGCACAUUGUCUUGGCCCGUGUUUCCUGUAAUGACAUCCGAGUAAAUAUCUGGUAUGGGUUUUUUGUCCUAAUGUCAACCUUGAUCGUAGAUAUUUUUCUGAUUUUUAUUUCAUACGCGUUGAUUCUCCGUGCUGUUUUCCGCAUUCCUUCUAAAGAUGCCCGCCACAAAGCUCUCAACACUUGUGGCUCCCAUAUCUGUGUUAUCUUCCUUUUUUAUGCCCCUGCCAUCUUCUCAGUCCUCACUCAGCGGUUUGGACGCCACAUCCCACCCCAUAUCAAUGUCCUGCUGGCUAAUAUCUAUAUUCUGGCCCCACCUAUGCUGAAUCCCAUCAUUUAUGGGAUAAAGACUAAACAGAUCCGGGACCAAGUGAUUCAAAUAUUCUUUUCAAAACAGAAAUGA